GUCCGAUCUCACCACGUCGGGGCGCUACCGAGCCCGGAGGGACUCCCUGAGGCAGCGGCCGGUGUCGGAUCUCCUCUCCGGGAGGAAGAACGUCGUGGAAGGCCUCCCGCCACUAGGGGGAAUGAAAAAGAGCCGGAUAGAUGCAAAAAAAAUUGGUCCUCUCAAACUGGCCGCCCUGAAUGGACUCUCCCUGUCUCGACUGCCUCUGCCGGAUGAAGGGAAGGAAGUGCCUGCCAGAGCCACCAAUGACGAGAGGUGUAAAAUUCUGGAACAGCGGCUAGAACAGGGAAUGGUAUUCACAGAAUACGAAAAAAUUCUUAAAAAGCGGCUAGUUGAUGGGGAAUGCGCAACAGCACGACUCCCUGAAAAUGCAGAAAGAAACCGGUUCCAAGAUGUCCUUCCCUAUGACGAUGCCCGAGUGGAGCUGGUCCCAACUAAAGAAAACAAUACCGGUUACAUCAAUGCGUCUCAUAUUAAGGUCUCCGUCAGCGGAGUUGAGUGGGAUUAUAUUGCCACACAGGGCCCGUUACAGAACACCUGCCAGGAUUUUUGGCAGAUGGUGUGGGAACAGGGAAUUGCCAUCAUAGCAAUGGUGACCGCGGAGGAGGAGGGCGGAAGGGAGAAGAGCUUCAGGUAUUGGCCACGACUUGGUUCCAGGCACAACACCGUCACCUACGGGAGGUUUAAGAUCACGACCCGCUUCCGCACGGACUCCGGCUGCUACGCCACCACGGGCUUGAAGAUGAAGCACCUGCUCACAGGGCAGGAGAGGACGGUCUGGCAUCUCCAGUACACAGACUGGCCUGAGCAUGGCUGUCCGGACGACCUCAAGGGAUUUCUCUCGUACCUCGAAGAGAUCCAGUCUGUUCGACGCCAUACAAACAGCACCAGUGAACCAAAGAGCCCCAACCCUCCGCUGCUGGUCCACUGCAGCGCAGGGGUGGGGAGGACGGGCGUCGUCAUCCUGUCGGAGAUCAUGAUCGCCUGUCUGGAACACAACGAGGUGCUGGACAUCCCCAGGGUGCUGGACAUGCUGAGGCGACAGAGGAUGAUGAUGGUGCAGACCCUCUGCCAGUACACGUUCGUGUACCGGGUGCUCAUUCAGUUCCUGAAAAGCUCCAGGCUCAUAUGAGCCCCCACGCUGGUCCCGGGGACCAGUCCACCGUGGAAGUGUCGACGGUGAAAUGAAGGGCUGCCUAACUCCGACUCCCUGGGGCCCCUGGGCCCCCAGAGACGGCGUGAGCGUGACGGACAGACUGACGGGCAUGGAAGGAGCGGCGGGGGGCUGGAGCCGCAGAGACGCCGAAGAAGGACUGGUUCCCGGGCCUUGCCCUGCUCCGCGCUGUCCCAUUUGCGGUACUUGCACACUUUGUGGAGGUUGUGUUUUCCAGACAAUUCUCUGUUUUACUGAAGCUCUGCAGGGCAACUCUGGCAAUCAUUAAGGCGCAUAGAUUUCUAUCUUAAACUAGUUUUUGAUAAUGGAGUUUUAUUUUAUGACUUAAAGUAUUUGGGGUUUUCUUGUGGAGGAACUGUAACACUCUAGGAGGAUGGUCCGCAGGUGUGAUUGGUUCCUGUGUAAGUUUGUAUUUAAAACCAUGCUAUCUCUUGUUAGUUUUAAAGGUACUUCACAGAUUCGUUACCAAACCCAGCACUACAAGAAGCAGCUAAAAGUGUUAUUUUGAAACACGAAAAGCAUUUUUAUAUUCAGAAAAUUUUUUAUCCAAAAAAUUCUAUAUAUUUGUACCUUCUAUUUUUUCCAGAUGAGAGUUCAACUCAUUAAGGUACUGAAAUGAAUGAAGGCACAUGAUUGAAAACGCAAGAGAAUAAUUGGAUUCACUAUAUUAUUCAGUAUUAUUUAAAAACCAAAACGAGUUCGAUUUUAUUGGUUGGAAAUGAGUUGGAAAACCAUUGCAUAGGGUGGUUUUAAGCACUUUUUUAUUAAAGACAGACCUGAGUUUUAACAUCUGUGUUGCUUUAUAGAUGAAACAGUAAGAGUGGACCUUGCUUCAGAAGGAGUGUUUUGGAAGAGCUAAGGAGUAAGUGCACGUAGAAUGGUUGGGGCAAGAGUGAGUGCAGUGUAGACGCAAGAUGCCUUUGAUGAAAGUACAGUAUUAACUACCCUCAGACUGAGAGGUGGGGGUGGAGAGCGGAGAGCUUGGGAGUGUGGGGGCUGAGGUCCCCACGGAUGGUGGGUGUCCCCGGGAAAUUCCCGAGCUGUCGCUAGCAGGGACUCUCUUUCCUUGGAGUUUUUUACACCUAAACUCAUUUUUUAAAUAAAUGAAGUCAGGUUUCGAUGACCAUCAAAAGCCUUUGAAGGGGCUUUCUUUUCUUUUGAUUGAAGGAAGGGAAGAGUUGAUAAUUUCCCAAAACUACAGCCCAAACUUGUGGGGCCGCCGGAGAUCACUGUGGUAUUCAAGAGGUGCUCGGGUUCAAGAGGUGCUCAGGUUCCAGCUCCCCGACCUCCUAAACUUCACCCCUGAGGUCAGUUUUAGUGUCUUGGUUCCCCGCUCCCCCCUCCCCCACACUGUUCAGGUGCACCGGGUUCGGUGGGCAGAACCAGGCUGAGUUAGAGACGGAGAGUGUUGCCUUUGGUCUAGGCUGAGAUGGCCUUGUCACGGAGGGACUUGAGUAGGUCCGAGGACUAAUUGGAACACGUAGCUGAGGAACCAUCUUGUUUUACCUUCUGGGGCUGCAUCUACUUCCAAGAUGUCCCAUGCAGGGCUCUGCCCCUAAUUGCGGUGUCCUAGGGGUGGUUCUGAUUUCUACGUUCACCCCUAAAGCAGUUCAACUCGCUGUGGUGACUGCGCAGUGUGUGUGGCCCUAGGGGAGGCAGGUUUUCCUUCAUACGGUGUGGCUCUGACUGUCUCUAAGUUACCCAGAGCCCACCCCCCCAGGAAACUUCAGAAGAUAUUCACGAAAACGAACACUGGAAGCGGAAGUGGGCGCAGCGCUCACUUAGGGAUAAAAUGUUCAUUUAAAACCCGAAGUUGUUUUAAGAGUCCCGUUUAAGUGACAGCAGACGUGAGUGUGAACCACCGGUGACACAGAGCUCCCGGGAGAGUAGAGUCAGUCAGAGUUUUUAUGAUGACAUUUCCCAUCUCCACACCACCUAAAGGACAGGAGCGUUUUCAGUGCUUUCUUGUCUUCCAUGGUACAUGUUUUUUAAAUGCUUUUCUGUCAGGAUUACACAUCUUGAAGUGUCCCAUUGACAAGAACAUACUGUAAAACAAAAAUCUAAAGAGUAACAUAUGGUAUGUUUGUCUUCCAGUUGUAAUAAUGGUAAGAAAAUUACUUUUGAGGGCUAAGUCAUACCGUUUAAAUGUCACUCUUAAAAUGUCGCAUGUUUGGCAUAGAUUCUACGUUCCAUGUAAUUUAUUGUCCCUUUUGAAUAUUUAAACUUUUCCAGUUAGUGAAUGUGAAAGGACUUCUGGGGAAAUAUAAAUCUGCAUUACUAGACUUGGAAAUGAUGUGAUUUUCCAGAGUGAACUGUGCACCGUUGAUGCUUCGCAGGGUGCGGCUGUCUGCUGGGCUCCGAGGUGCCUCUGUCCCUUGUGUCUUCUCGUUCCUUGAGAGUCUACCUUUCAUAUCAAAAUUACCGAAAUGUACAUUUUCCCGAAAAGCAGGUUACGAGCCAGUGUUUCCCAGCAGGUCAAUGUUGGCAUCGCUGACAUCAGUCCUGCUGAUUAGCGGGGUCUUCAAAAAAAAAAAAAAGAUUUUUAUUUUUACAUAAUCUCUACACCCAACGUGGGGCUCGAACUUACGACCCCACGACCAAGAGCUGCACACUCCUCCCAUCCUGGUGCCCCUAGUGGGGUCUUUUGAUGGCAUAUUCUCCCCGAGAGUUUUGAGCACAGAAAGUAUUCGUUCGGAAUCUUAAUUGUAGUCAUGAUUAAUCACUUUUUUUCUGGAACACCUACUGUGAAGUAUUCUGAAAGCCCUAGUACUUAGCCUUUAAAACCCUUUGGCAGAAUUAAACCAGAAGUUGGACAUAGAAUGUUUCCUUAGAAGCUUCCAGAAAGAGCAAGAUCUAAGCAGAAACACAAAGGAGAGUGUCAGGCUGGAGGACAGAGUGAUGACGGUGGGCAGAGCCAACGUUUUCUUGAAGCUUUCGUCGUCACAAGAAAACAGCCCCUUCAGAUGGGUUGAUGUGUCAAUAUUCACAACAUUAAGAAAACACAAAUAUAUAUAUUAUAUAUUAAAUAAAACCUUGCAUGUUUUAAAAUCUACAACUGGAGGUCAGCUGUACCUUAGGAGCAGGUUUGAGAUUUGCAUGAACAAAAGGAAACAAGAAUUACUGUUUAUUGUAAAUCAUUUUUAAAAUCAGGCUUUUAAAAAUUUUUUAUUGAAUUGAGGUAAUCUCUACACCCAACAUGGGGCUCAAACUCGUGACCCCGAGAUUGAGUCACAUACUCCUUGAGCCGGCCAGGCAUCCCUAAAAUCAGACUUUUUAAGGGAACUCUUUGCUAUAUAAAUAUUUAGGGAACUUGUUUCCCAUCAAGAUUUUAUGUGGAACAAGCUAAAACUAUCUUUUUCCAGGUUAAAGCCUAUUUAAAAAAAUCUAAAUUGGAGGCGGCUUUUUAUAUAGCUGAGGGAUAGACAUUUCAAACAUAGAGGAAGAGGGACAUUAAGGAUUUGCCUGGAAAAAACAUUUCUCAAAAGAACAUGAGGUUUUCAAAUUCCUCUAGAUGAGGGCUCCGUUCCAGUAUCUACAAUUCUAGAAAAACCAGGAAACAUCAGAAAGUGCAGUUGUUUAAGGUGUGCAUGCAUUGGAUAAAGGAUUUUCAGAAGCAAUUGAACAGGUCCUUGGAUGGUUUAAAGUGGCCUCCUUUUCUGUGUAUUACAGAGAGCUCCCAAAUAAAAGUCAUGCUCUAGAAUCUCA